UUUGCUCACCUCUCACCCUCAUACUUUUUCUCCCUCUCCUCUCCUUACCACUCCUCUCCUCUCCAGAUCCUAACCUACACAGAGGGCCUCCAUGGUAAAUGGCUGUUCACAGAGAUCAGGGCUGUCUUCUCCAGACGUUACUUGCUACAGAACACUGCUCUGGAGAUUUUCAUGGCCAACAGAACUGCGGUCAUGUUCAACUUCCCAGAUGCAGGCACGGUCAAGAAGGUGGUCCAAUGCCUCCCUCGCGUGGGGGUGGGCACCAACUUUGGCCUCCCACAGACCAGGCGUAUCUCCCAGGCCAGUCCCAAGCAGCUCUACAAGGCCUCCAACAUGACCCAGCGCUGGCAGCGCAGAGAGAUCUCCAACUUUGAGUACCUGAUCUUCCUCAACACCAUCUCUGGCCGUACGUACAACGACCUGAAUCAGUACCCCGUCUUCCCCUGGGUCAUCACGAACUACGACACUGAAGACCUGGACCUCACUCUGCCCAGCAACUACAGAGACCUGUCCAAGCCCGUUGGUGCCCUGAACCCCAAGAGGGCGGCGUUCUUCAACGACCGCUAUGAAUCCUGGGAGGACGACCAGGUGCCGAAGUUCCACUACGGAACCCAUUACUCCACCUCCUCCUUCACCCAGAUGUGGCUGCUGCGCAUCGAACCCUUCACCACCAUGUUCCUCAACUUCCAGGGAGGGAAGUUUGACCACGCUGACCGCACCUUCUCCUCCGUGUCCCGAGCCUGGAGGAACUGCCAGAGAGACACGUCCGACGUCAAGGAGUUGAUCCCAGAGUUCUACUACCUCCCUGAGAUGUUUGUAAACGCCAACAACUACAACCUGGGGGUGAUGGAGGAUGGGACUGUGGUGUCUGACGUGGAGCUGCCGCCGUGGGCCAAGACCCCCGAGGAGUUUGUACGCAUCAACCAGACUGCACACCAGACCUGUACCCCUCUACACCACUCUACAUCCCCUCCACCACCCCCUCUACACCCUCAACCACUCUACACCCCUCCACCACCGUCCUCUACACCACCACCCCAUCUCUACACCCUCCACCACACCCUCUACACCACUCCACCACUCUACACCCUCCACCCACCUCUACUCCCUUACACCACUACCUCCAACCACGUCUACACCCUCACCACCUACCACACCCCACCACUCACCACCCCUCUUACCACCACCUCACCUUACACCCUCCAUCACCACCCCCUCCAACACCCAUCCAACCACUCUAACCCUCCACCACACCCCUCCACCACGCCCAUUACACCACAACCCUCCACCACCACCCCAUCUACAACCACACCCUCCACCAACCACCCUCUACACCCCUCUGGCUCCCCUAAACACGGCUCCUUGAUUGACACCUGGCUUAUAACAGCUCCAAGAUUCAUUACCUCUAUUGCUCUGGAGAGUGAGUUUGUGUGGUGCCAGCUGCACCAGUGGAUCGACCUGAUCUUUGGCUACAAGCAGCAGGGUCCUGAGGCCACCAGGUCUCUCAACGUCUUCUACUACCUGACCUAUGAAGGGACCAUCAACCUCAGCUCCAUCACCGACCCCAUGCUCAGAGAGAGCCCGUUGAUGUUCACGGAGCAGAUGCAGCAGGAUGUGAUCAUGGUGUUGAAGUUCCCCAGCAACUCUCCCGUGGCCCAUGUGGCCGCCAACACCCAGCCGGGCCUCGCCGCGCCCGCCAUCAUCACCGUCACCGCCAACCGCCUCUUCGCCGUCAACAAGUGGCACGGCCUGGCCGCGUUUGUGUGUUUUUCCCCAGCUGAGUUUGUGACGCCCAGAGCCAUACUGACGGGUCAUGACUGUGAGGUGACCUGCGCCAGUGUGUGUGCCGAGCUGGGACUGGUCAUCAGUGGCUGCAGAGAGGGCCCGUGUCUGAUCCAUUCCAUGAAUGGGGACCUGCUGCGGACCCUGGAGGGCCCGGGGGGCUGCGUGGAGCCCCGUCUCAUCCAGUCCUCUACAGAGGGCCACGCCGUGGUCUACUACGACAAGGGACACUUCUGCUUCUUCUCCAUCAACGGAAAGCUGCUGGGACACAUGGAGGUGGAGGAGAACAUCAGGGCCAUGCUGCUGAGUCGGGACGGACAGUACCUGCUGACGGGGGGAGACGGGGGAGUUCUGUCUGUCUGGCAGGUUCACAACCUCAAACAGAUGUUCACCUACCCUGGCUGUGACGCAGGCAUCCGCUCCAUGGCCAUGUCCAACGACCAAAGGUGCAUCAUAACCGGCAUGGCGUCUGGUAGUAUAGUCCUGUUCUACAACGACUUCAACAGGUGGCACCACGAGUACCAGACCAGAUACUGAGGCAGGACCACACAACAACAACAAUCCCUGAGAAUCUGGUUAACGUGGGACCUACCUACUGCAAUCCUGUCGUUCCAUGUCCUAAGGCACUACUCAAUACAUAUUGAUAUCCUGAAUGUAUCUUAAGAGAAGAAAAACUGUCUGAUUCUGUCGAAAGAAGCAAACUAUUUUUWAAAAAAGGGCAUUGCUAUAUUUUGUAGGGCAUAUCGAAAAUUUCUUAUAAUAUCUUAGGGUGGGGUUAUAUACCUAUGGUUACAAAUCUAUUUUUAGCUUGUUAAGAGUCUAUUUUCAUCUCGAGCAGAGGAAAAUAAGGGUUCAAAGUGGAAGUAGGUAGAAAAGUAUAUUUGCAUCUAUUGUCUUAAGAAUCCAUAUAUUUGUGUACGUUAGGGGUGAGUGAUUAUUUUCAAUAGGUGUGAAACGUGGAGAUAUAAUCAUUAUUUUGGUCAUUAAUAUCCAUUUUUUUCAUGCUCUUUUUGCUACUGUGGAAACACAGGGAAAUAAAAUAUGUGAAGUUUGUGUGGUGAUCGAGCAGGAAGUUCAUUAAGUCCUUUAUGUGUUCAUGACUUGAGGGAAUAUAUUCUAUUUAAAUGUUUGUACCACACCUCUGUGUAAAUGGACAGAUCUUGCCUUCCUGUGCAUGAGUUAUUCCUCUGCUGUCCUGAUGUUGGCGUACACUGCACAAAGACUUGUCACCAGUUGUCAUAUGUGUAUCAGACAGACAUCAUAGUAACAAGAUGGCUGCCGGUGUGAUUAGUUUGUUUGUAUCUGAGUGUAGUCAUGAUGAUCAUUAGCUUUAUGUAUGUACUGUAACCAUACUGAUGAAUAAUAUGUCUGUCGGUAGAAACAAAUGUCAGGGGCUAUGUCCUAAUUUUGUAAAAUGGCGUCCUUUCCUCAUCUAAUUUCCUUAUCACCUAUCAGAACUUUACAUGUCGGAGACGGGACGAGGAAAGGAAGCCAUUCCAAAUUUCCCGACGUAGCCAUGAUGUGCUUCUUUGUAUAACUUCUUGUUAGCUUUACCUCCUCUACUGAGGCAUUUGCAGUACUUAAGCAUAUACUGUAUCAUAUUAGCGAUCGACACAGUGCCCAAACCAUGCUAGGAUCAUCAAAGUCCAUCAAAGUAUCUCAUCUUGGCAAAGAGAGGUGCAGCGAAAUGAGGGACUUGUCAGUCUGUCUGUGUGUCACGGUGAAUAUUCACUGGUUAAACCAGACCACAGACAACCCUGGUCCUGGACAGCCAAAGGGUGUGCACUUUUUGGUUCAAGCCCAGCUUUAAAAUACCCGAUUCUACCUAAUUAUGGGCCGUCAGGUGAAAACUGAAUUGAAUCAGGUGUUUUGGUGCAGGGUUGGAACACCCGAUGUGGUUCCUCCAAUACGACGGWUGCUCAUCAGGAGGAACAUUCCGUGUUAGUGUGGUUACGAUUACAUUGAAAUGGCUACUACUGUAUUUUCUAUGUAUCGCUCAAUAUUUUGGCAAUCAAUUUGGAAUGAGUGUUUUUGACGCGUGAUGAGUUCUGACAAAUAAAUUUGAAUUUUUUAACUUGA